CCAAAACAUUUUCCGAACGAAAUGAAACCAUGGGGCGGGAAAACGAAAACACCGCGCCAAUGUAUUCCCGCUCAACGCAAACUACAAAACCCUCAACGUUAUUUCCAAUCUUCAGUUUCAAUUCUCAAUUCUCAAUCUCAAUCUCAAUCUCAAUCUGAAUCACUUCGAAUCUCUGAUUCUCAUUUUCGUUUCCGUCUUAGUUUCUGAAUUCAACAAUGCCUUCAGUUUCCUCCAAACGCAGAUUCAGAUCUCAUGCAUCACCUACUCCGGCCGCCGCCUCUCCGCCCAGCCGGAAGUCCCCCCGCCAUUGCAUCGCCGCAACUCCCAAUUCUGUUCCGCCUGUAGCUCGCAGAAUCAUCACCGAUGAGAAUCAAAUUGAGUCCUGUGAAACAGUAGCAGUGAAAUCCAAAUGGAAUCCCAAAGAUGGAGAGCAAUUGAGGAGUGUGAAGGAGGUAUUGCACUUGUCUACUGCACCGUCUACCAUAGUGUGUCGUAAGGAGGAGCAAGAUGUGGUGUUAGGGUUUUGUAAAGGAUCUGUUGAGCAUGAAAAGGCUGGGAGUCUUUAUAUAUGUGGGUGUCCUGGAACAGGAAAAUCGCUCUCUAUGGUGAAAGUGAAAGUGAAUUUGCUCAAUUGGGCUACAGAGGCAGGAUUGCCACUGCCGGAUGUUUUAUCUGUAAAUUGUACAUCCCUGUCAAACACUUCUGAUAUUUUUGCAAAGAUACUUGGAUUACACAAAACUCUUGGGAAGAAGGCUUCAGGAACACCCUUGCAGCAACUUCAGAAUAUGUAUUCUCAUAAAUCAUGUACAAAGAGCAUGAUAUUGAUAGUAGCAGAUGAAUUAGAUUAUCUAAUAACCAAAGACAGAGCUGUGCUUCAUGAUCUUUUCAUGCUUACCACUUUCCCAUUUUCUAGAUGUAUACUGAUAGGCGUAGCUAAUGCAAUUGACCUAGCAGAUCGAUUUCUUCCAAGGCUUACUGCAUUAAAUUGCAAGCCCACUGUUGUAACUUUUCGAGCAUACACAAAAGAUCAGAUCCUUAAGAUUCUUAAAGAAAGGUUAAAUGAACUUCCUUACACAGUCUUCCAACAUCAAGCAUUAGAACUAUGUGCCAGGAAAGUUGCUGCAGCUUCUGGAGAUAUGCGAAAUGCUCUUUCCAUAUGCAGGAGUGCAAUUGAGAUGUUAGAAGCAGAAAUUAGAGACUCUGCUUCCAAUUUGAAUGCUUUAGAAGAGAAAUCAUCAUCAGAACAAAAUCUUCCUACAGCUCUGGAAGUUGUAAAUAAACAAGAACUUGAUAUGGUAAGGAUUGAUCAUAUGGCUCUUGCCUUGUCUAAAACAUAUAGAUCACCAGUGGUGGAUACAAUACAAUCUCUGCCACAUCAUCAACAGAUUAUACUCUGCUCUACAAUGAAACAUUUCCGUGGAGCCAAGAAGGACUCAAUCCUUGGCGAGUUAUAUAAAUCUUAUGCGGCGAUAUGCAAAUCAUCACUAAUUCCGCCAGCUGGAAUCAUGGAAUUUUCAAACAUGUGCCGAGUGUUAAAUGACCAGGGCCUUAUAAAACUAGGACAAUCCCGGGAUGAUAAAUUGAGAAGAGUGACGCCCAAAGUAGAUGAGGGUGAUAUUACUUUUGCAUUGCAGGGAAUCCGUUUUUUUCGAAAUUGUCUUCAAUGAUCCUGCUUAUUUUUUGUGGAGGCAACAUUUUCAGAAGCAAGAGAUGUUAGAGGAAUUCUAUUUAUUUCUUUUUAGGGAAUAAUAUAGCAAUUGAUGUAAUAAUUAAUUUAUUGAUUAUAUCUUUGAUUUCUCACAUUAAUAAAGUGAUUCUUUUCCCAUUAUAUGGGUGUAAGUAUUUGAUUCAAGAGCCUUUUCAA